CACGAGACAGUGAGACACCCACCCAACCAUCACUCCAUCCGCCGUUUUCACCUUCUCUCUGACUCUCUGUUGUGUGAAAUAGCAGACGCAAGCUUCCGACAGGCUAAUAGAAGACGCGAUCUUCUUCAGUCUUCUUCGACCUCAUCCCGAUCUCAGAUAGGAGUACAGAACAGUAGAGAUGCAGGCUUCCGAUAGCAACACAGUUCCGAUUAACCUUCCGAUAGCAAGAGUUUCAGAAGGUUUAUUGGGCGUGGAAAGCCCAUCGCAAAGUAACAUAUACAGAAACUGCUCAAAUGUUGGGGUUUAGGAAGAUGGAUGAUGGUCGUUGGACCCGAGAUGCAACACAUGCAACACUGGCAGGAAGCAGGAACCUCAUGAAGCACCACAAGAAGCACCUCUGGAAGCAACACAAGAAGCCCCUCAGUAAGCAACACAAGAAGCCCCUCAGUAAGCAACACAAGAAGCACCACAUGAGCGAAUUGAAGAAACCGGAGAACAUGGGUCGUCACUCUGCCAAGAAGAGCCAAGGAACACGAAAAGCGCAAGGAAAGUGUAGGUGAAGUCAUCCAGAUUGCCAUGGUGGAGGAAGAUGAAGGUUAUUGUAAGCGGUUUGGAGAGAGAAGUCGCGGAGGGAAGCGGAUCAGCCUUGGCUUUGGUCAAGGAAAAAGGCAUUCAAGGUUUCAAAUUUGUCUUGAUAUUACAGUGGAGGAGCUAGAUGACAAAUCUUACAUAGGGUCUACAUAGACUAACACUACGAAUAUUAUCACAUGGACAUGUUUUUCCAGUUGUGUAUUUGCAGACAAAUGAGAAUGCUAAACGAUGAGGAUUUGAUGCACAUGUCUUCGGUUUAUUCUGGAGGGGUUUAGUGAAAUCAAUAUAAUUGAAGGUACCUUUUUUUUACUCAACUUUUUGGCUUCCUUCAACGCUACCUGAUUUGGGAGUGAUUACGUUUUUUUAAGCUGUGUUGUAUUUUAUAAUGCUAAUAUCGAGUAGUGAUCACUAAAUGUUUAAAUCUGGGGGUUGCUUUACUUCUUGGGGUCUCUUGAGAGACCAUGUCUUCCACUGAGAAGUGACAUUGAAUCAUGAGUCAUGAUUAUGCAAUUUUAGGUGCAUCUUUGGAAGUAAUUGCUAAUAUCACACCAAUAGUUUUUGCUGAGUGUGGUUCCUUUUUGGCUCCUUGUUUUCCCACUGACUAAAGCUAGAGAAGAAGUAAAAGCACAUUCACAAGAGUUUGAGUGCUUGUUCCAGGGACUAUGCUUUUACCUAAAUGGUCGCUUUUUUGUAUUAUUUUACCUUCUGAUAAUUCAAUUCUUAGAUGAACCUUUUUGCUCUUCUCCUGUACUUCCAGUCCUCAAGCUGGGGGCCUAACACAUUGCUUUUGUAUUUUUUUUUUUUGUAUUUAGGCAUUACCCUCAUCACUGGAUGGUUGGGCAACCGGAGACUGCGUUUGUUUGAGUGAUGGAGAAUGCAAAUUCUAAUAACAAUAUGUUCUUCUGGAGAAGAAAUUUGUCCCAUGAAUUCCUUCUUGAUGCUGCUCUCAUCUAUUAGAGCACAAGCAAUGGCGUGCUGUUUUACAUCCACACUCUGCCACAUAGGAUUUGACACGGUUGAAUUAGGAGGUUGAAUUAGGAGGCAUGAAGGGGUAACUCCUUCUGUGGCAUGUGCGAGGCAUAUACUUGCUCCAAUUCCUUUUCUUUUUUUUUAUUUUGGAAAAAAAGAAGAAAUACUUCUUAUUUAGUUAUUUUUAGACAUAUUUUUACGAUACAAAUAUAUGAAAACUAAUUUA